AAAAAAGUUUCGCGAUACCUGUGAGAACCACGCACAACGCACAAUGCCUGCUCCUACCGCGCUACAAAGAGAGCCAGAGGCGCUCGCGCAGCAAGAAGAAAUCUCCAUGACAGACACGCCCGCAGGGGAGGACGCUGGCGUGCUCCUGGACCCAUCGGCGACUAGCAACGAAGUAUCGUUGGAUGUGCAAGAGGUUGCAACAGAUGCGGAUGCGUCCAUGCAGGUUGAUGUCGAGGGCAGGCCGAGGUUUGCGCCUGCGAAAGAUGCCGGAAACACAAUCCUGAAGGUGGAAACGAGGAAGAUACCAGUCCCUCCGCACAGAUUCAGCCCUCUUAAGAAUAACUGGACGCAGAUAUAUACGCCGCUUGUAGAGCACCUCAAGCUCCAGGUCCGCAUGAAUGUAGCUAAGAAGGCUGUUGAGCUUCGCUCUUCGAAACUCACAACCGAUCCUGAAGCCCUUCAACGAGGUGAAGACUUCAUUCGCGCCUUCUGCCUAGGCUUCGACCUCCAAGAUGCCAUAGCCAUGUUACGGCUAGAUUCUCUGUACAUCACAAGCUUCGAACUGAAAGACGUGCGCCAAACACUGGCUGGUGAUCACAUCUCAAGAGCGAUUGGUCGGGUUUGCGGACACGAGGGCAAAACUAAAUUCGCCAUCGAAAAUGCAACAAGAACGAGAAUUGUAGUCGCUGACCAAAAAAUACACAUAUUAGGUGGCUUCAAGGAGAUCAACAUUGCCAGAGAGGCAGUGGUGAGUCUGAUUCUAGGUGCCCCACCUGGCAAGGUGUACAACAACUUGAGAACCGUGAGUGCGAGGAUGAAGGAGAGGUUUUAGUUGUUUUUCUCCUAGUUCAGGAGAGCACAGCUUUGUUACAUACCCAUUUGAAUCUUUGGCGUUCGGGACAGGUCUCAAGAACAAAGCAUGAUGAGGCGUUUACGAAGAAUAGACAGAAUUAACGAAAACAGGAAUUUUUACUCUCGUUCGUAUUCUCGUAUGUGCAGUAGACUAGGCAAUCCUAGAUGAUAUUUGCGCAUCAUGCACUGUUUGA